UUGGUGACAAGGUGCCAGCAGACAUCCGGAUCAUCGAAAUCCGGUCCACCACCCUGCGUGUUGACCAGUCCAUCCUCACAGGCGAGUCUGUGUCAGUGAUCAAACAUGCUGACCCCGUCCCCGACCCCCGGGCUGUCAACCAGGACAAGAAGAACAUGCUUUUCUCCGGCACCAACAUCGCAGCUGGGAAGGCCGUAGGGGUUGUCAUUGCGACAGGGGUGUACACAGAGAUCGGGAAGAUCCGAAACCAGAUGGUAGAGACCGAGCCCGAGAAGACCCCCUUGCAGCAGAAGCUGGACGAGUUCAGCCAGCAGCUCUCCAAAGUGAUCUUCCUGGUGUGCAUCGCCGUCUGGGUGAUCAACGUCAGCCACUUCAGCGACCCUGUCCACGGGGGCUCCUGGUUUCGGGGGGCCAUCUACUAUUUCAAGAUUUCGGUGGCGUUGGCGGUGGCUGCCAUUCCCGAGGGCCUCCCGGCCGUCAUCACCACCUGCCUGGCGCUGGGCACGCGCCGCAUGGCCAAGAAGAACGCCAUCGUCCGGAGCCUGCCCUCGGUGGAGGCCCUGGGCUGCACCUCUGUCAUCUGCUCCGACAAGACCGGCACCCUCACCACCAACCAGAUGUCCGUCUGCAGGAUGUUCAUUAUGGAGAAGGUGGAGGGCACCCAGUGCAGCCUGCACGAGUUCAGCAUCACCGGCUCCACCUACGCCCCUGAGGGACAGAUCCUGAAGGACGAGCAGCCGGUGCAGUGCGGGCAGUACGACGGGCUGGUGGAGCUGGCCACCAUCUGCGCCCUCUGCAACGACUCCUCGCUGGACUACAACGAGUCCAAAAAAGUCUACGAAAAGGUGGGAGAAGCCACUGAAACAGCCCUGACGUGUCUGGUGGAGAAGAUGAACGUCUUCAACACCGACACCAGCAAACUCUCCAAGGUGGAGCGAGCCAACGCCUGCAAUUCAGUGAUCAAGCAGCUGAUGAGGAAGGAUUGCACCCUGGAGUUCUCCCGCGACCGCAAGUCCAUGUCUGUGUACUGCACGCCCACCGGCCCCGGCCACAACUCUGCCAGCAGCAAGAUGUUUGUCAAGGGUGCCCCAGAAAGUGUGAUCGAGCGCUGCACCCACGUCCGCGUGGGCACUGCCAGGGUCCUGCUGACAGCCCCGGUGCGGGAGAAGAUCCUGGGUAGGAUCCGGGACUGGGGCAUGGGCAUCGACACGCUGCGCUGCCUGGCCCUGGCCACCCAUGACGCACCCGUCCGCAGGGAGACCAUGCAGCUGCAAGACUCUGCCGCCUUCGUCCACUAUGAGAACAACCUGACCUUCGUGGGCUGCGUGGGGAUGCUGGACCCUCCCCGCAAGGAGGUCACCUCCUCCAUCGAGAUGUGCCGCAAGGCCGGCAUCCGCGUCAUCAUGAUCACCGGUGACAACAAAGGCACGGCGGGGGCCAUCUGCCGCCGGAACGGCCGUGAUGCCCGCUGCUUUGCCCGUGUGGAGCCAGCACACAAGUCCCGCAUCGUCGAGUACCUCCAGUCCUUCCACGAGAUCACCGCCAUGACGGGCGAUGGUGUCAACGACGCCCCGGCGCUGAAGAAAGCAGAGAUCGGCAUCGCCAUGGGGUCAGGCACGGCCGUCGCCAAGUCGGCUGCCGAGAUGGUGCUCUCCGAUGACAACUUCUCCACCAUUGUGUCGGCCGUCGAGGAGGGCAGGGCCAUUUACAACAAUAUGAAGCAGUUCAUCCGCUACCUCAUCUCCUCCAAUGUCGGGGAGGUCGUUUGCAUCUUCCUGACAGCCAUCCUGGGCUUGCCUGAGGCCCUCAUCCCUGUGCAGCUGCUGUGGGUGAACCUGGUGACGGACGGACUGCCAGCCACCGCGCUGGGCUUCAACCCUCCCGACCUGGACAUCAUGGACAAGCUGCCCCGCAACCCCAAGGAGCCCCUCAUUAGCGGCUGGCUCUUCUUCCGCUACCUGGCCAUCGGAGUGUAUGUGGGCCUGGCCACGGUGGGCGCAGCGACCUGGUGGUUCCUGUACGACGCCGAGGGACCUCAGGUCUCCUUCCAUCAGCUGAGGAACUUCAUGAGGUGCACUGAGGACAACCCCAUCUUUCAAGGAAUUGACUGCGAGAUCUUCGAGUCCCGAUACCCAACCACGAUGGCUCUCUCCGUGCUGGUGACAAUCGAAAUGUGCAAUGCUUUGAACAGUGUCUCUGAGAACCAGUCGCUGCUACGGAUGCCUCCAUGGCUCAACAUCUGGCUGCUGGGGGCCAUCAUCGUGUCCAUGGCUCUGCACUUCCUCAUCCUCUACGUCAAGCCCAUGCCUAUCAUCUUCCAGGUGACCCCCCUGAGCUGGCCACAGUGGGUGGUUGUAAUGAAAAUCUCCCUGCCCGUUAUCCUGCUGGACGAAGGACUCAAGUACCUUUCCCGCAACCACCUGGACGGCAUUCUCAGGACAGUAAGACACACGUGGAGCGGGGAGCACCAGUUGAAAACCUGCAGGACUCCAGAGCAAGGGAGAAGAGGGCAAGAAAUGAAUGACACGAAGGAAACGCUCCUAACUAAAGGAUCCCUAAGCUGUAACUCAGACUGA